UCUGCGGCACAGCGUGACGUUUUGGGAGCGUGGCUCGGGAGCCUCGGAAAGCGCGGGAACAAGCCGCAGCACCCCGAGGCCGCUCGCCCUGCAGGGAGAACCGACGGGACAUUUGCACAAGCCAAUCGCAGCCGCAGCUCUGCGGGCCGGGCCUAGGUGGAGACCUAGCGGACUGCGCUUGCGGUUCUAACAACGGGUGGAAUUUGCUAUGGAUAAUUCAUAUGAUUUAAAUAAAGAAAGCUCGUGGAACGGAAUCUCGUCUGAGAAGAAGAAUUUCCUUACUUCAGAAGAUCACGGACAGAAAAUCUUGAGUGUACUACAGAGUUUUAGAGAACAGAAUGUCUUUUAUGAUUUCAAAAUAAUUGUGAGAGAAGAAAUAAUCCCGUGCCAUCGCUGUGUGCUGGCGGCGUGCAGUGACUUUUUCAGGGCUAUGUUUGAAGUUAACAUGAAAGAAAGAGAUGACGGAAGUGUUACCAUUACUAACUUGUCCUCCAAAGCAGUAAAGGCGUUUCUUGACUAUGCCUACACCGGGAAAACAAGAAUAACGGCUGAGAACGUGGAAAUGUUCUUCCAGCUGUCAGCCUUUCUCCAGGUUUCCUUCCUGUCCAAAGCGUGCAGCGACUUCCUCAUAAAAGGCAUCAGUCUUGCCAACUGCUUACAUUUAUUAUGUCUAUCAGACAGCUACGGCUCUCCCCAUUUGUUCAGCCAGGCUUUAUGUUUCGCUCAGCGCCACUUUCAUUUGUUGUUUAAAUCCAGGGAGUUUUUAGAGAUGAGUUUUGGAGUGCUGCAGAAGUGUCUGGAGUCAGAUGAGUUAAAUGUCCCUGAAGAAGAAAUGGUCCUGAAGGUCGUCCUCACCUGGAUCAAACACAACGUAGAGGCCAGGCGAAGGCACCUGCCUCACUUGAUGGCAAAAGUGAGAUUGCAUCAGUUGCCUGAGGACACGCUGCAGGACUGUCUGCUCCGUGAGGAGUGUUUGCUCAGAAGCACAAACUGUUUUGACACAAUUGUGGAUGCCAUCAAGUGUGUGCAAGGUUCUAGUGGCCUUUUCCCUGAUGCUCGACCAUCCACAACUGAAAAAUAUAUAUUUAUCCAUAAAACAGAGGAAAAUGGGGAAAAUCAGUAUACAUUUUGCUAUAAUAUUAAAACUGACUCGUGGAAAAUCUUGCCGCAGUCACAUCUGGUUGAUUUGCCAGGGUCUAGUCUGUCUAGCUAUGGAGAGAAAAUAUUCUUGACAGGGGGUUGCAAAGGGAAGUGCUGUAGGAAGGUCCGACUUCAUAUUGCUGAGUCUUACCAUGACGCCACUGACCAGACCUGGUGCUACUGUCCAAUUAAAAAUGAGUUUUUCUUGGUUUCAACCAUGAAGACUCCAAGAACCAUGCAUACCUCAGUCAUGGCGCUCAAUCGAUUGUUCGUUAUAGGUGGAAAGACUCGAGGGGCCCAGGACAUUAAAAGUCUCCUGGAUGUUGAAUCUUACGAUCCGCUGUCCAAAGAGUGGACAUCGGUUAGCCCUUUACCCAGAGGCAUCUAUUACCCAGAAGCCAGUGCAUGCCAAGAUGUCAUUUACGUUCUCGGAUCUGAGGUAGAGAUUGCAGAGGCCUUUAAUCCAUCGCUUGAUUGCUUUUUUAAAUACCAUGCUACAACUGACCAGUGGUCCGAGCUCGUAGCAGAGUUUGGACAGUUUUUUCACGCUACGCUAAUUAAAGCUGUCCCAGUAAACUGCACCCUGUAUAUAUGUGACCUCUCAACCUACAAGGUGUAUAGCUUUUGCCCUGACACGUGUGUCUGGAAAGGAGAGGGCUCUUUCGAGUGUGCAGGCUUUAACGCAGGCGCAGUUGGGAUUGAGGAUAGGAUUUACAUCCUAGGGGGAGAUUAUGCGCCGGAUGAGAUCACGGAUGAGGUGCAGGUCUACCACAGCAGCAGGUCAGAGUGGGAGGAGGUGUCCCCAAUGCCCAGAGCCUUAACCGAGUUUUACUGCCAGGUCAUUCAGUUCAACAAAUACAGGGACCCGUGGUUCACUAAUCAUUUCUGAAAGUAAUAUUUGCAUGAGUAGGUCUGAAAUGCCUUGGAGAAUUGGUAAAAGUAUGUAUAUAUCUUAACACAAUAAAUUAUCCCUUCUAUUGAAGAAUAGCUAUGUACAUUGUCUAUAGAUGUACGUUGUCAAUAAAUAGUUC